ACUGAUUCAGCCAUGCAAAUUCUGGCACACAGAUUGUUUCCAUGUGUGCCGCAAGCUCCCAGCAUUGCUAUUGACUUGAACCUCUUGCAGUUUGUUAAGGACCUUUUCAUGAGACUUUCAUCGAAUGUCUCAUCAUUCUGCUCUACGCUCAAUUUUUUCCUUGGUGAGCGUGACUACAAAUUCUCGACUCAGAAUGCAUUGCGAAGGCAUUUCGGCAACGCGUUGCUCUGGUACUUCAAUCUCGUCAACUCCACGAAUCAAUUCAUACAAGAUCACAUCAAAGACACUUGA